AUGAGACUGGCCGCGCUGCUCCUGACGGCCUUUGCUGGCCUGGCCAAUGGCCUCGCCUCGACUGACACCAUCACCUGGGGUGGUGACAACUCCAGAGCCGGAUACCAGACGAACCAUAACAUGGACCCCUCUGUCGUCGGGAGCUCCUCGUUUGGCCAGUUGUUCCAGACCAAGCUUCCUGGCUUCUAUGCCGACGCUGCUGAGCAAAUCUUCUCUCAGCCUCUCGUCUACACCCCCAGCAGCGGCACAAAGCAGUAUGUCUACGUGGCCACCACGCAGAACAAUGUGUACAAACUCGAUGCCAAGACGGGCGAGAUCAUUGCCUCGAGAAGUCUUCACAUCCCAUUCCUGGCUGCAGACCUCGAUGGAUGCGUUGACAUCAACCCCAGCAUUGGAAUCACGGCCACCGGUGUCAUCGACCCUGAUACAGACACUCUCUACUACACCGCCAAGACAUAUGCCGACCAAAGCAAGCUUAACAUACCGCAAGGCCGCGAUGCUGGCAGAUACUAUAUCCACGCCCUGGACGCCAAUGAUCUUACCGAGAAGCCCAACUUCCCCGUUCCCAUCGAUGGAGUCAUUGCCCGCAACAACAAUGUGCGCAUGUUCACCGGCGGCAUCCACCUCCAGCGAACGGCACUGCUUCACACCGGCCAGUACAUCUAUGCUGGGUUUGCUUCGCACUGCGUCCAGUACAACUUUACCGGCUGGAUCAUCGGCUGGGACAAGGCCACUGGUAAGAUAGUCGAGCACUAUGCCAUGGAGGGCAAAGGCAUCCCCAACGACGUCAAGGGCGCCGGCCUCUGGAUGUCUGGCGGAGGCAUUGCUUCUGAUGAUGCUGGUUCCAUCUGGUACGCUACAGGCAACGGCUACGCGUCUCAGCUGGCCAAUGUCCCCGUCAAGGGAUUCAACCCGCCCACUUCGCUGGAAGAGGCUGCCGUGCAUAUGACAAUCAACAGUGAUGGCUCUCUGAACCUGGUUGACUUCUUCAUGCCUUGGGAGAAGCAGGCCUUGGACGGUGCCGACAAGGACCUCGGGACGAGCCCUCUCGAGAUUCUCCCCAGUGAAUUUGCCUGCGGAGACGUCAAGCGCAUCGGCGUCGUCACUGGCAAAAGCGGCAAAACCUACUGGCUCAACUUGGAUAACCUGGGUGGCUACAGAAACGGGCCCAACAACCUGGAUGAUGCUAUCCAGACCUACCAGAAUGACAACUCGGUCUACGCCGGUGCCGGAGUCUACCCCCUCGAGGGCGGCUACAUCUACAUCAACGUGAUCCAGCACCCUUCCAACGUCUUCAAGUUUUCUUGUACCAACGGCGUUCCGUCGUUUACCAAAGUUGCCACGACUCCUGAGACGAAUGCGUACGUCCUCGGCGUCAGCCAUGGUACCACCACAUCCCUCAACGGCCAGCCCGGCACUGGCCUUCUCUGGGUGACUGACGUCCAAGGCUUGAACUUGCGCAUCUACGACGCUGUCCCCAAGGAUGGCGUGCUCAACAUGAUCAACUCGUUCAACAUUCCUGGCGUCAUGAAGUUUACCCGGCCCGUAUUCGGAGACGGCAUCGUGUACGUUGGCACCAACCAGGGGCAAUUCUAUGCCUUUGGCUCUCCUGUAAAAUCGCCCCUCAACUGCACUUCGCCGGUUGCCUUUGGUAAUGUCAACCUCAGAACGUCCAGCGACUCUCAAGAGGUGAAAUGUACGGCUCUGAUUGAUGUCCGCGUUACGGGCAUCGCACUCGACUCGACCAAGGACUACAAGAUUUCUGGCAUUCCUACGACACCUCUCGAACUGACCGAGGGCGAUUAUUUCACCCUCCAGGCCAAGUUCACCCCCACCGCUGUUGGACUCAUCUCAAACGACAUUGUCGUCAACACGACGAAUGGUGUUGCUGGCUUCAGCUCCAAUACCCACGCUCGACUGACUGGAACCGGCCAAAGCCCAGGCGCUCUCUUGUCUGUCGCCCCAACAACGAUUACGUUUCAGGGUGUGGUUACUGGGGAGAAUCCAGAUGGCGUCGCGGAGACCCUGAUUCUCAACAACCUCGGGAACGAGCCCCUGGCCAUCCAGAGCAUUCUGUAUUCAUCCACCAGUGGACGUGGCCCUUGGGAAACAUGGAAUGGCCCGGGAAAUCUGACAGUUGGCAAGUUUGUCUUCCAAAAGAUUCCUUCCUCUCUUGGUCCCAAGGACAGCACCGCCAUUCAGAUCCAAUUCGAUGGCUCUAACGGAGGCACCUUUUCUGCCUUUGUCACCUUUGUCUCCAACGGCGGCAACCAGACGGUCUCGAUUGCAGGCUCUUCCGGCCCUGCUGCCGUUGCACUGCUCGAGUUCCAGCGCCCUGAUGGAUCUGGCUGGACAAAGUAUGUCAACGGCACUCCAUUUACCUUUGGCAAUGUGACUGAGAACAACGGCCGUUCCCUCAAGUUCCGCAUUACCAACGCCGCACCUGAGGGAGGCGUCAAUCUUUCUCUCACUGUCUCCAAGCCCCCCUUUGGUGCUACCGGUCUUGUCAGAGCCCUUAACCAGAUUGACCUGGCAGAGGGCACGUCACUGGCUCCAGGAGAGAGCGCGAAUGCGACACUCAGUUGCACUGUUCCCAAGUCCCAGUGGAACGUCGACCCUUACAAUGGCACUGCGCAGUGGACUCUGAACACCAACGAUCCGAGCCUGGGAAAGCAAUUCGUCCAAUUCUUUUGUCGAGCCGUGUCAGAGCAGGCUCCUCCUCUGCUGCCUGACGGUGACCAGGGACGUUAUCGAUAUGUUGGAUGCUUCAAGGAGGACAAUCCCGGCCGCCAGCUCUCCGAGCAGCUAUACGGAGCGGAUGACAACACCAAUGCCAUGUGUAUCUCUGCUUGCGCCGAGAAGAAGUAUGCCUACUGCGGUACUCAGUAUCAUACCGAGUGCUGGGGCGGCAACACCAUUCCCAGCCUCCAGGUUGACGACUCCAACUGCAACUACUACUGCGGCGGAGAUAUCAACCAGGUGUGCGGUGGGAACGGUGACGGCGCUGCGGCCUACAUUUCACUGUUUGCUGAUUCUCUUCAGCCCGAUGAUGGAUCGACCUCCCCCCCUUCAUCCGGUGGUCCUGUUGUUAACCCCGGCGUUGAUGGUUAUGCAAGCAUUGGAUGCUAUACCGAAGCCACUGAGGCGCGUGCUCUCCCCAACUGGGCGGGCACCGAUGAGCAGACCGUGGCAGAGUGUGUUGGCGCUUGCAAAGCUGGUCACUAUGUAUAUGCGGGCAUUGAAUACGGCGGAGAGUGCUGGUGUGGCGACUCAUUCAACGAUGGCUCAGUUCCUGCUCCCAUCUCGGAGUGUGGAAUGACUUGCAACGACAACUCGACCGAGUACUGCGGAGGCCCGAACCGUCUCAACGUCUACAAGCUUGAUAUCACUGUCAUUUCUACGACUGCGUCCACCUCUGUUGGUAGAGCCACCACGACUGCUCCCCAGAGUGAGACUGAGACGAUAACUGCUACCACUACGGCACUUGACACCACCACGGCCACUUCUCCCACAGCCGUUGCUUCCAGCAGCCCAACUCCUACCGGCCCUGUUGUCAACCCCGGGCAGCAUGGUUAUUCAAGCAUUGGGUGCUACACCGAAGCUACGGACGCUCGUGCUCUCGCCAACUACGUCGAGACGGAUGAUAAGACGGUUGGUGACUGCCUGGGGGCGUGUAGCACAUAUCAAUAUGUCUAUGCCGGCCUCGAGUAUGGCGGAGAGUGCUGGUGUGGUGAUUCCCUCGGCAAGGGAUCCAUUCCCGCAUCGAUCGAGGACUGCAGCAUGACUUGCAACGGCAACUCGACCGAGUUUUGCGGUGGCCCGAAUCGACUCAACGUUUACAAACUGACCAGGUUGCCCAUGUCCACGACUACGAUAUCUUCAGCUGCAACUUCGGCCCCCUCGGUCCCGACGCCGACUGGCCCAGCCAUCAAGCAGCAUGUCAGAGACUAUAGCUUCCAGGGGUGCUUCGAGGAGCCGGUGGAUGCCCGGGCCAUUAUUGAGCAAAUGUAUGCGGAUGAUUCAAUGUCGCUCGAGGCUUGCGCCGACUUCUGCAAGGGGUACACUUACUUUGGCACCGAGUACGGCCGAGAGUGCUACUGUGGCAACGUUUUGAAUGAGGGCAGCAAGAAGGCAGCUAACCAGGAUGACUGCUCGUUCCCCUGUGCUGGCAACGAUAAGGAGUUGUGCGGCGCUGGAUCUCGGCUCGAGCUGUACAAGGGCAACAAGAACUUUACCUAUUACGGCUGUCUGUCGGAACCUUCGGCGGGCAAGCUGAUGGACAACCAGGCGUAUAACAACGACACCGCGAUGACGCCCCAGAUGUGCCUGUUGCACUGCUCAGAGUACAAGUACGCGGGCGUUGAAUAUGGGCAGGAGUGCUGGUGCGGCGAUUCGCUGAAUCUUGCCGGCUGGGAGGGUGCUGUGCCAGGCAAGAACGUGACGGGUUCUGAGUGCGACGUUGUGUGUCCUGGGAACUUGACAGAGUACUGUGGUGCUGGGAAUCGGCUGCAGCUGUAUGUCAAGAGGACGGAGUUUGAGGUCCGGUAGACGAGGAUUUGGGGGGUAGACUUGCGAGGUGCGUGAAACGGGGUUGGUGAUUUGAAUAUAGGGAACAGUAUGUUUUAUUCUGGGUAAUAUUAUGGUGUUAUAGAACUUGCUUACAACGGUGGAACCGAUCUCUUGUAGAUUCAAUAAGUAUAUGU